AUGGGGGACAGUCACGGGGUGACCGAGAGCUUCCUCAGCAAGGAGGUGACAUACGUGGUGUCCAGCAACAAGGAGGCCAAACGGGGCAGAGCCGGGACUGGGGAUGGAAAGCAGAGCAACCCAACCUCAGGAGACACCAACCCCACGAGCUCAGGGCCUGCUGCCUGCAGAGGGAACCCACCCAGACCUCACCAGAAGCCACCAGACACUGCCCUGCUGAGCCGGGGGAAGGAGCUGCUGCAGAAGGCCAUGAAGAGGCAGGACGCCUGCAGUGGCAGCAGCAUCCUCGCCAACGCUCGCCUGUGGGGAGUCCAGAUCCUGCACGUGGAUGAAAUGGUGUCCUACGCCCAGCAGCUGCUGAGAGACAUCUCAGGAGCCAGGAAACACUGCCAGAAGACAGAGAGGAGGUGCCUUGCUCCUGGAUCCAAAAUUCACAAAGCUGCCAGAAUCCUGAGGCACCUGAGAGCUGCGUUCUUGCACACUGACUCCACCAGCUCAGAGGAGGUUUCGAGGAAUAUAAUGCAUCCUGCAGAGGAGAGCGUGUUCCUGCAGCCCACUCACUGCUGUCGGGCUGAGAUCCAGAUCAGAAAACUGAAGCCCCCCUUUCUGAAGGUUGAGGACCAGAGCAGGCAAUUCCGGCCCUUCCAUCAUCAGUUCCAAAGCUUUCCCCACCUGAACUUCCUGGCUCCCAAAAGCUGCAGCCCCUUUGAGCCUCUGAAAAGCCUCUCGAAUCCCUGCCAGGCCAGGGGGGCUGAAGGCAGUGAUGGAGGGAGGAGCCCCUGCUCCACUGCAGCUCCCAGGAAACGGAGGGGAUUCUGUGAGUGCUGCCAGGAGACCUUCGAAGAGCUGCAGAAGCACCUCCAGAGCCCCCGGCACCAGCGCUUUGCCCGGGAUGACUCCCAGUACCUUCCUGUGGAUCGUGUCAUCUCACAGCUCACCAACAGCUUCCUGCAGCGCUCAGACAGGGUGCCACAGUCCUGCCUGGCAGAUGAACAUUUAGUGCCUCAAGCACAUGGUACUGGAAGAGUGGAGAUGCUGACAGAGCUGGGAAAGGAAAGGGAGCAGCCUGAGCAGGGUGCUGUGGAACUGGUGAUGGAUAUGGAGCAGGAUCAUGACCUGGAGAUCAAGGGAUGUUCCCCCUGCCUGCCUGGGGACAGGGUCAGAGAUCCCAGAGAAGGAGGGGGGCUGUCAGAGCAGGGCUCUGUGGGGCUGCCCAGGGGAGCAGAGCUCAGUGGAGGGGUCUGUGCUGCCCAUGGCACCACGGAGGGGGCCGGGCUGGGGCCUGCAGGGCUGGGCUCGGCCCCUGCCCUGGGCUGGGAAUCCUGUGCAGCAGCUGCUCCUCCAUCUGAACCUCGUGGACAGCAAGUGCCUGGGUCUGUGAGCCACCCCCCAGCAGCACUGCCUGUCCCCAGGAAGCGCCAGCUGUCCCCCAGCCAGAGCUCCCAGGUGGGGAAGAGGCCCAGGCUGGAGCAGGGGCAGCAGACAGGCCCGGUGCGUGGUGGGCUGGGGGCAGAGGGUGCAGGGCAGAUGUCUGGGCCAGGCCUGCCCGGUGUGCCAGGGGCUGGCAGGCUGGCCCUGCACACGCAGCUCUGCAGCAGACCUCGUGGCUCCCUGGCUUUGGAUGCGUGCCCGGGCGGGAGCCCUGGGGACCCGGGAUCCCCGGGAGCUGGGGAUGCUGCGGGAGCCGCUCCAGCCGGCGAGGGGGGCUGGAGCGGGGCGGGUGUGAGACCCGCAGGGCAGCAGCUCCGAGGGGGGGACGGGGCCACCCCCGGCAGGGCGAGCAGCCCGGGUCUGGAGAGCACGGCGAGUGGCAGGAGCAGCUGCCCCGCUGGCCGCCCGCCCGUGGCUGGGGCCAGAUGUUGCUGCUCGGUCUGUGUCGGGGCGGCAGAAAAAGCAUCCCCCGAGGCUGCCGAGCUCCCCGGGCACAGCGCAGAGCGGGCACCGUGCCCUGGGCUGCUUCCCCCUCCCGCUCCGAGCACACGGAGCUUCGGCGGGAGCUCCUCCGAGUGCGACUGGGACGUGCCGCUGCUGAGGGGUGUGCAGGGCAGCAGGAUGGCGGCUGUGGACAGGGACGAGCUACACAGGACACAGGGCAGCGGGAGGGACAGCGGCUACGAGUGCCGGCUGCGCUCAGUGCUCCGGCGGGACCCGCAGCCGGGCUGGGCGGCUCAGGACAGCGGGAGCUGCCGGACCUGCUGCACGGGCACCACGGCACCCCCUUUCCCUCUGCUUGAGACGUUUUGUGGCAGCUGGACGAGCUGA